AGCCGAGAGGACUCACCGAGCAGCGGACGGACGCAGAGACGACACCGGGGAUCACCAUCACCAGUGACUAGCGUGCUUUGAUGACUGUUUGACUAGGAAGAUGGUGCUUUCAGAUGCUGGUGGAGAACUGUAAACAGGAUCGAAGGACAAAAGGGACCACUCAACCUACUCUUUGAAGGAUAGAAGUCACUGGAGCCGGAUCUUAUGAAGACGAGAGGUUUUUCCCACAGCUGUGUGCUGUGCUAAAAGUCCAGCUGGCAGCGAGCCCUGAGGCAGAGCCAUGGGCUGUGGGGGGAGCAGGACUGACGCUCUGGAGCCUCGGUACCUGGAGAGCUGGACCAAAGAGACGGAGUCGACAUGGCUCACCAGCACGGACACUGACAUCCCCCUGUCCUCCAUCCAGAGCAUCCCUUCUGAGAACUCUGAGGCCAGCUUCGCUUCUGAGAAAACAAUCAGCCCUGUUUCAGAUUUCUUCGAGGAUGGCCUCCCUCUUCCGGCUCAGGCUUACCUAAAGGUCUGUUCGGCCGUCUCUGAAGCCAGUCUGAGCGACGUGAAACCCAGCAGCCCGCCUGCAAUACUGGGCUCUCCAACCAAGGAGGUGUUGCCGUCGUCUGGCACCACAGUGCAGCGCAGAAGUGUUCUACACACCGAAGAGAUUACUAAAUGGCAGGACAAUCGGAUGUCGACCAAGCAAGUGACCAUCACAGUGACACAGAGCAUCCAUCAGGUGGACAAGAACGGGAAGGUGAAGAAGUCCCUCACCACCUACGAGGUCAUGAAACCCGUGGAAAGCCUCAAACAGGUGGCCACACAGAACACUUGAAUGCAUGGGAGACUGUAGGAAGCCAAAAAAUACUAAUCUAAAAUAACUGUGAAACAAGGGAACUAUGGAAAGCACAAUUAGGGUGAGAUUCUGAACUGUAUGACAUUUAGAUCAUCAUGUUGAAAACAUGGCUCAUUCUCUAAAAUCAAAAAAGUUUAUAGUUCCUAAUACUGUAAUAUUUACUUCUAUGGUACCUGGUACAACAAUGUCUUGCUGAACUGUAGAACAAACUGACAUGUAAAACUGUAGGUUAGUCGGAGGAAAUACACAAAACUGACAUUUUACAGUACAUAUAGUAUCAGACCAUAAAUAAAGAGUUCAUAGUUUAUCACAAAAGAGAGAAAAUCAUUUCCUGGCACGCUUCAAAUUUCUCAAGUGACCUAGAAUCUAAAAAGCCUUCUCAUUGCUAUUUUACGACGCUUUCUGAGGAUAAAUAUGCGUGCAAAGCUAUAAUAACAGUAUUAUUUCACAUUAUUGAAUAUUCAAAAGCUACACAUAUAGUUUUGUUAUUUGACAUUGA